AUGCCUUCCUCAAAGGUCUUUGCAGCCAUCUUGGCUGCUCUGGCCGUGGCCGACGCCAGCCCUUGUAAGCCCAAGCCUGUCACAACGAGUGGUUCAACCGCUGCUGUUGUGACUACUUCUGGCUCAACCGACAUUCUUUCUUCCACUGCUACUACUGAGACUGCUGCUACCACCACCACCGGGGCUGCUUGCUCUCACUACACCCCUUACACUGAGAUCGUCCCCGCUGACUGCGGCAUGACCGGUGUUGCACCCAACUGCGCUGACAAGGCCAUUGGAUCUCCUAUCACUGUUACCGACUAUGCUGAGUGUGGUAACACUUGCGGCAUGACUGUAGGCUGCAAGUCUUUCUCCAUCAAGGAUACUUCUUGCACUCUGUAUAAUGCCCCCGUUUCUUCACUCGGAUAUACGUUCAACGAGGGCUCCGAUGCUAGCCACUUCUAUGACCUCGACCUUUGCUUCGGAUGUGGUGAGGGCACAACUACCUCUGGUACUGAGACUGCCACUGGAUCUCAGACUACUGGAUCUGAGACUGAGACUUCAGCUACUGGUUCCGAGACCGAGACCUCUGCUACAGGAUCUGCCACCGAAACCUCCGCCACUGGUUCCGAAACUGGAACAACAACUGCCACAGGCUCUGAGACCGAGACUUCCGGUACAGCCCAUGCUACGGGCACAACCGACACUGAGACCUCAGCCACUGGCUCUCAGACCGAGACUACAACUGCUCCUGGCGCUACCACUGAGACCUCAGCUACCGAGACCCUCACAGCCAACACAGACACAACAACAGCCGCUGCCACAACCACAACCUCCACCGGCUGCACAGCCUAUACCCCCGUGGCUAACCCCCCUGCCAGUGACUGUGCCGUCCGAGGAGCCCCCAACGGCUUCGCUGCCUUCAUGUCCCAGCUCAUUGGCAUCCCCAACUCCAACACUGCAGAGUGUGCUCGCCAGUGCGGUUUGUACCGCAGUUCCACUGUCGUCGACGAUCAUUGUCUCUCGUUCGCUCUGGACGCGAGCAACACUUGCUACCUGUACAAGGUCGACCUGAGCACCCUGAAUGUCGAUGCUGCUGGAACGCCUGUCCUGGAGCUCCAUGACUUUGACGCUUGCUAUUCUUGUGAUGAGGGUGGUGUUACUACUACUGCUGAGAGCGGAACUACGACUACUGAGGCUGGAUCUGGUACCACCACCACUGCUGCUGGAGUUGACACUACCACGACCGAGACUGACUCGGAGACUGGCACUACUACUACUGAAGGCGGUGCUGGAUCCACAACCACCACCGAGGCCGGUUCUGAUACUACCACUACAGCUGCUGGAGUUGAUACCACUACCACCGAGGCCGGCUCUGGCACUACUACCACUACAGCCGCUGGUAUCGAUACCACCACCACUGAAGCUGCUUCCACCACCACCGACUCAGUCUGCACCGGCUACACUCCCGUCCCCAACCCUCCCGUUGCAAACUGCGCCGUCAAGGGCAAGUCUAACAAGGACUCUCUCGGUGAUGCCUCUGGCUACAGCGCCAACGAGUGUGCCACCAAGUGUAGCGAGACCAUGUACUGCAAGUCUUUUGCUUACAAGGCUUCUACCAACACUUGUACUUUCUGGGGUCUCACUGUGAGCCAGUUGCAGAUCAACAGCUGUGCUUCUGCCGAGGAGUCUGAGUUCUACGACUUUGAGAUCUGCUAUGCUGGUUGUGGUCAGGCUACUACCACCACUGAGGCUGUUGGAUCUACCACGACAACUGAGGCUGGAGUUGAGACUACUGCCACGACAACUACUGAGGCUGGUGAGGGUUCUACCACCACCACUGAAGCUGCUGUCGCUUCUACGACUACAACCGAGGCCGGUGAGGCUUCAACCACUACAACUGAAGCUGGCGCUGCUUCAACCACCACUACCGAGGCCGGCGUUGCUUCCACCACCACCACGGAGGCUGCCUCUACCACUGAGGCUCCUACAACCACCACAACCGAAGCUCAGUCCACCACCGAAGCUCCCACCACAACCACAAAAGCCCCCGUCUGCACCAACUACAUUCCCCUCCCCAACGCCCCCUCGACCUGCGGAAAGCAAGGCAAGGUCUCCUGCCGCUCCACCCAGAAGCUCGGCCAGGCCACAUCCGUCACCGACGUCAACGCCUGCGGCAAGCUCUGCGGCACAACCCUCACCUGCAAGACCUUCUCCUACACCCCCAAGUUCCGCAGCACCGGCGGUUACUGCCAGCUGUACUCCGCACCCUUGGCCCAGCUCAGCUUCACGCCCUGCAGCACGGGCGUCAAGUUCUACGACCUCGAUACCUGCUACACCUGCUCCAACACUCCCACGCCUACACCGCCUGCUACGUGCUCCAAGUACGUCCCUGCGUUUGAGAAGUGCGCCAAGGACACGCACUGCGGCACGAGCGGUGAGAUCUGCCAGGAGGUCAAGAUCAAUGUCGCGGGCGAUGCGUCGUGCCUUGAGAACUGUGCCAAGAGCUGUAUUGACUAUGGAAAGGACUGCAAGUACUUCAGCUACCAGUCUGCGUUCGGCAACAGCGCUGCCAAGUGUAAUCUCUACAAGAGUGGAAAGAUCACUCAGAAGAGCUCUUCUUGGGUCAAGUUCUACGAGCAGGAUUGCUUCAAGUGCCAGCAGUCCAAGUAA